GGGUCCAUUCAUGCCCGCCUCAUCAUAGUGCCGCGCGCCUCGACCUCUCCACACCUCACCGUUUGAAUCCAGAGCCGCUGGAGUCGGGACGUAUUUCUGUUACUGUGUCUGGACUGUAAAACACGGAAUUUAAAAAAAAGGUCCACACUGCGGGGAGCAAGUUGUUACAAUAGUGUUAUCCAGCUUAUAUCGCAAGUGACACAAAAUCUGCGUUCAGACUCUACAGCAGAGCGCUCCGCGAACACCUGGACACAUCUGUCAGAGCGCUGGUCCGCGCUUAGGGGCACGCACCUUUUCACAGUUGUUAAGGGCUUUUCUGGCGGAUUCAGGGACAUCUGGAGCCCUAAAAUUCAAACAGGCAUCACCAGAGGCGGGGUGGGGGGACACGUCGAGCAUUGGACAGGACAAGUAGGAUGGCUGCAGGCAACUUCUUGAGGACACAUUAUUGACACUUUUUUUUUUCUAUUUCCUAAUUAAAACCAGCAAUUUUUCAGCCAUGACGAAUCUAACUCACGACAAGUGCCACACCCAACCGCACAACAACUCCAACGAGAGCCCAGUGAUCAGCGCCAUAAUGUUCGCCUUUGGCAUCCUUGGCAACGUGGCUGCCUUGGUGAUCCUGGAAAUCCGGCGGCGUAGAGACACAAGGACCGGGGAUAUGGGGCGGCGUUCGUUGUUUCAGGUCCUCAUCACGUCGCUGGUGGUCACGGACCUGGCAGGCACCUGUCUGAUCAGUCCGUUGGUGCAGAUAUCGUACGCGACUAACACCAGCUUGGUGGGGAUGUCUGACAAUCACAGUGUGUGUAGUUACUUUGGCGUCAGCAUGACCUUCUUCAGCCUGGCCACCAUGUCGCUGCUCUUGACCAUGGCCCUAGAGAGAGGCUUCGCCAUCGGCCACCCCUACCUGUACAGCCGACACGUCACCAAGAAAUGUGCCUACAUCACAAUCCCGCUGGUGUUUUUGUUAUGUACGCUAUUCUGUCUUCUCCCUUCUGCGGGAUUUGGUACGUAUGUACAAUACUGCCCCGGCACAUGGUGCUUCAUUGACAUGAACCCAAAGGGAAAGGAGGACCGGGCCUACGCCAACCUGUACGCCUCUGUCAUGCUGGUGCUGGUGCUGGCGAUCGUGGCGUGCAACGGCUUUGUGGUGUACCAGCUGUACAAGAUGUACCAACGUAGGAGGAGGAACGGUGGCUCAGUCAUGGGGCCCGCCAGAUCCAACAGCGAACGAAGGCAUAUGUCCAUGGCUGAGGAGGUGGAACAUCUUAUCCUGCUGGUCUUCAUGACCAUCAUCUUCAUCAUCUGCACGAUGCCCCUGGUGAUCCGGGUCUACAUCAACUCUAUAUGGGAAGAAAAAGAGUCUCACCAUCUGGACCUGAUUGCCCUCCGCUUUAUCUCUAUCAACUCCAUCAUCGACCCCUGGGUCUUCAUUCUCCUCUCCCCCAGCGUGUUGCACUUUUGCUGGGGCUCCAUCUGCCGGGCCUCCCUGGGGAUCCGGAGGGGUUCAAUUUUUAUGUCAUCGGUGGCCAAAGACAGUACUCCGGCUAACCUCGAACUGUCUCGCCCAACGCUGGAGUACAUCGAGCAAUUUCACUCUGUGGAAACUCUAUGACCAAAACAGUAUUUUGUUCUUUGAUAUUUAUAUUUAUUGGACACAGGAUUGGAUCACGUGUUAGUGAUCAUGUGAGUGGAGCGGUUUUGUGAGAACAUCUCUGCCGUGGGUGGAGUUUCUUAUCUAUUUCAUGGGUGUUUCCACUAGAUAAUGGCCCUUUCUGUUGUCUGUCUACUCAUAAACAUACCAGUUCUGUCAGCUGAUGGCCGCCACUCACCAUUUGCAGGAAGUUUCCCUCCACUUCUAGCUUUUGAGCGAAUGCAUGCUAAAUGCAUAAUGACUUCUUUUGAGCUAUAUAUUUUAAAUGUAAAAACUCAACAUUUUGCCUCCUUCGCUGCUUAUAUUUUAUGCCAAUUAAUCGAUUAAAUAAAAAAAGGCUGCUGAUGGGAGCUGGUAAAAGAAAGAAAGAGACUUCAUUCAGGUUCUGUGAUGGUCUGGAACAAAGGACAUGAGACAUACUGAAGACAUUCAUCUAUCAAAGUGUCUAAAAUGGGAUUAGCUUUCGAUUCAGCACAAACAGUGAAGGAAGAGGUGCUUGUACAGCCUUCUCUGAUUCUGCUUUCCAAACAGUUGUUUCUGGGCCUGGAAACGGUGAGAUGUCACAUACAUGCAUGAAUUACAUGGCGUAUACAUGUAUUUGUAUAGAGCACAGUCAAAGAAAAUCCUGCAUGGAGCCCAUAUCAGGUUAAGAAAUGAAGAUAAACUGAAUGGUGCGCCUACUAAAAGUAAGCACAUUCAGAUUCAAAUGGGUUCAUGUAAGAAGGUAGUGUGGUGGGGUACAUACAGUACAUGUUAAAGGUCUCAGACUGCCAGAGGAUGCGUUGCCACAUGAAAGCAGCAAAGUGAUGCAUUUUAGAACGAGGUCACUGUAGCAUACCUAGAUAUAAUCUAGACAGCAGACAUGUUUAUACAAUGUAAAUGAGGCCUCAAGUGUUUGAUAUUUGCAGCUUUUGAACACAAUUAUAGGCCAUCAUCUUGAGAAUAUUAUCACCUCUGAGCUUCCUAACCCCUGACCUUAACCUCUGGUCCGCUUUGGUAGCCUUUCACCCUCACACUCCUACCAGAUUCCUGCUGGAAAAGGUCAAAGGGCAACAGGCCUAGAGAGACUUUCUGGUGUACAAGCUUAGUCACAACUUUACUUAGGGAGUGGCAUGAUAAACACAAACAAAAGGUUAUGUUGAUUGUAGUGACAAUAUUCCAUUUAUACUGACACAUACAGUAUCCUGCAUAUAAUAUUAUAUAAUAAUAUUUUAUAAAACGUUCUUUAUAUGAGACUGCAGUUACCUUCUGACUUGAAAACGUGCGCUUCUUAUAUAAAUAACAGCAGAGAGCAAAUAUUCUUGCAGAAUCUGGUUUAUGAAAUACUAAAUGAAUGAUAGCAUACAAUUGUUGUUGUAUGGUACAUGGACGAUACAAACAAAAAUGGCGACCCACGCAUAAAAACAUUGUCAAAAGCUCCACAGGGUACCUUUAACUGUUUGGUUGUAUUGGAAUUAUUAGAAAACAUUUUGUGGAAAAUCCUGUUAAAAAUAAAAGUCUUAAUUAUUUAAUAGGAUAAUAAUCUAAAUUUCCAAAAUGUAAUAUUAUUUAUACAAUAAACAAUCUAAAAUGUAUUGAGCCUGUAGGUUGUUGACAUUAAUUGUCUGUCAGCCUUAAAAAGUACCACGUUUUGUUUUCAAUUUGUGCCAUAAAUCAGUUCUCAGUUAGUACACGAGUCAUUUUGGGACAGAACUCUUAGCAACUUUAAGAUGUUUGCUCUGUAACUUGCAUUAUUUUCUCCUGCCAGGUACACUUUGUUCUGUCGCAUUGCCUGAAGUGCCAUUUGAACUGUAUUAGUUUUACUUGGGAACAUCUUUAAAAUGUUAUUCUUAUUCAACGUGUGUCUUUCCAGAGGACCACCAUUCAUAAGGGACAGAGGACGUCCACUUAAUUACUCAUAGACCAGAUGGAAAACGUCAUGAUUACAGUCUCUGAUGAGAUCCUCAUGCUGUUGAAACAAGUUCAACUGCCAACUAAAGCAAACCCUGAAGAUGCAGGUUUGCUUUACAGGUCAACUAAAAAAAAAGUCUCCCUCUGCCAUAGACUCCAUUAGUCAGUCUGCAGUUAGCCUAUACAGUUAAUGUGUUAUGAGAUCUGCUGCCCAACAAUGUCAGUUCUAACUGGUGUGCCGAUGAAGUCCGAUGCCCUUUCGAGUUUCCUGGAAAAACCAGGGCAGUUUUUCCCACUUCGUUUUUUUUUUAUUUGCAUACUGGUAAAAGUUACACAUAAUUGGAUUCAUACUGGGUUACAUUAUACGACCCCGUGGGGAAUCGCAACUAUUACAGCAUCCCUUCCUUUAAAAUUAAUCACAUUUACACAGGGUUCCAGUUCCUGGCAAGAAAAUAAGCUACUACAGAUUUUUGUGGGGUCUCCGGGUAAUUAAUCUCUCGAAAUAGGAAAACACUGUGCAGUCACUCGGGUUAUCCAACAGCAGGAGAGAAGAUUUCGGUCCUUGAAUGUGUAAAAUGUGUGGAAACAAAACUACAAGUUCUCAAUUAUGUGUCAUUUUAGAGGAUACCAGAAAAUGUAAACUUUUGUGUGAGUGUGUGAGUGAGUGAGUGAGAGAGAGAGAGAGAGUGUGACAGAGCACUGACAUUGUUGUAUCUAUUGUGUUGUGAGAACUGCAGUUUAUUGCCUCUGCUGGUCUGUUGUUGGUUCUGAGCUUGGCAUAAAAACGUUCAGUGUUUACGACACUGACUUACUGCUUCCUGUGGAUGUUGUGUGAGUUUUGCUUUUCUGUAUGUGUGUGUGUACGUGCCAGUGUCUUUCUCUGUUGCGUUUUUGUGAGAGUGCGUAUGUAUUAUUGCAUAUUGCAAAUAUGCAAGGCUUACAUGCUUGUGUCCAUGUGCCUACAAUUGGUUCAAGCUUGUGUGUGUGCAUGUGUGUGGGAGUGACAGCACUGAAAUGUAAUGAUGUCGAACAAGAAUGCUACCUACUUGGAUGUCUUGUACUCUGUAAUUAUAAAGUACUGUAGAUGAAACUGAAUGCACUGAGCACACAAGUGUGUAUGUGUGUGUUUUAUGUCUUGUGUAAAUAAACAUCUCAUCCACUACA